AUGGAAUGCAAUGAUUCACAGAUUUUUAAUCUGGAGAACAAUUUGACGGUGACAGUCCUUAACACUCUCUGGGAAUUCAAGAAUGCUUAUUCACCGUUUCAUCGUUAUAUAGCGGUCCUGCUUUGCGUUUGUGGUCUCUUGGCUAACUCUAUUCAUAUUUGGGUUUUGACUCGACCGCGUAUGAGAACAUCCUCCGUUCAUACAGUUCUUACAUGUAUUGCUAUCUCUGACAUGGGAACAAUGACGUCAUAUUUGAUUUAUAUGCCGAGGUUUGAAUUUCUCCAAGAUCACUCAGGAUAUCAAUAUGGCUGGGCAUUGUUUUUGAAAGUUCAUGUAGUUUUGAGCAUAGCUCUGCAUGCAAUUACCUUGUACUUAGUCGUUCUCAUGGCAUUCAUACGUCUAUCAGUUAUGAAAAUUUCAACUUCACAGUGGCUCCAAACCGGCAGAACAUUAAUCGCUGCAAUCGCCAUAGUAUUUUGUGUUUUUAUGCUCAGUGUGCCAACAUUAUUAGCUCAUCAAAUAAAUGUUCAUCGAUAUUUGGAUGACGUUGGAAAAAUGAAAGUUAAAUAUAGCAUUGGUUUCUCGGAUAUGAUGCUAUCUGAUGGAUGUUUCUUCAUGAAAGCCAAUUUAUGGUUAACAGGGAUAUUCCUGAAAGCCAUCCCUUGCUUUUUGCUCAUUUGGUUCACAAUCGCUCUAAUUGUACGUCUCCGAGAAAACAAUGAAAAACGUAAGCAACUACUUCGGAUGAAGGAGGAUAAGCAUAAGCGCAAAGGAGAUGUCACAACUUAUAUGUUAUUGUUUAUGGUGUCCGUUUUUCUGAUCACAGAGUUACCACAAGGAGUCAUGGCGAUAUUGAAUGCUCUGUAUACCUCGCAGUUUCAUCAGUUUGUAUACCUGGCAUUAGCUGAUAUUUUAGAUUUAUUAUCUCUCAUCAAUUGUUAUGUGGCCUUCCUCGUAUACAUCUGUACUUGUUCUCGCUAUCGCCAGACGCUACUCUCUAUACUGGGUAACAUGCCAGAAGUAUUUUCUGCUAUUUCAACACGUCAAAACACGAUGAAGCGUAUGCAACCGAAAAAUCGUCGUGAGCAUCUUGGUGAGAACGAGAAAGGAAAACUAUCUGCAGCUGCGAACCAAACAUCUCCAUUAAUCAGCAAAACGGAUGUUAAUUUAUAA